UUAUCCACCAAUUUGUAUCGUAUUGAACUUGUGACAGACUUGUAUUGAUUCAAGAUAUUUUUUAUACAUUGCUUUAAGAACAAAGUUUGCGCUUGCCUGAUUCUACUCAUUCCGUCUUUAAAUUUUAAUUUAAAUAAAUAAGAUGCUCAAGUUUAAAUUCAAAUUUUCAAAGAGCAUUAAAUAAUGGAUCCACCCACACAACAUCAUAGCGGGAGAAAGUACAUACAUAAAUUGGAAAAAAAAAGUUGUAAUAUAACAAUUUGGUAAAUAAAAGAAGAACAAAAAAAAAAAGGGUGAAAAUAAAAGAAAAAAAAUGAAAGGGUGUCGGCCUCAACUUUAAAACGCAAAGUUAGCGUAAGAACAUUUCCGUGCUGUCUCUCACUUUCACUCUUUCUCUCUUCUCUGCCUAACUCACACUUCUCUCUCUCUUUUAUUUCUUUCCUGUUUUAGGAAACGUGUGGUUGACAUUUCCAUUUUCGAUUUUCUCGAACAAACUCAAAUAAAAUAAAAUUAAUUUACUAUUUUUCUUUUCUUUUUCCAUUGUCACUACUGUUACAAGCUUAACUCAGAUUAUAUACAGUUAUAUAAUUUCUUUUACUGUUGCUCUUUUUUUCUUCAUUAUCCAUGGUUUGAAAUUAAACAUUUGAGAAGAUCAGUUACUAUAAUUCACUGAUAUGGAAAUGAGCAACAAUUUCAUGCCGGAGUUACACGUGGCUCAACAACGGCGGCGAGAUAAGCUUAGAGUUCAACAUCUUGACGAACUUCAACAUAUGAAUAGUUUUGAUCACCUUCAUAAUAGCAAUAGUAACACUACUACUUCUUCUAUGAUGAUGCUUUUACCGUCACCGGAGAUGUUGAGUUUUACUUCGGCCUCGAACUCGUUUCCUAACAUCCACCCAACUCGAUUCGUAACCCCUUCGAGCUCCGAUUCGUGCGACCCUCAGCAGUUGCCGCCGCCGAGGUGUGAUGAUAAUUGGGUACAGAGGCAUGUUUCGCCUGCUGUACCGCAGUUUAUGGUUCAAACUCAAAAUCAUCCUCAUGAAAUUCAUUCUUAUCAACAGGGUAAUUGUAAUGUUCAUCAAAGUUGGGGGGAUAAUAAUAAUAAUAAUAAUAAUAAUGGUGGGAGUAAUGAACUCCCUUUACUUCCUUCGAAUUUCGUUAAUCAGUCUAAUGAUGUUGGAUCUCAUCCUCACGGCCAAGGGCUGUCUUUAUCGUUGUCGUCGAAUCAAUUAUGUGAGUAUCGUCAUCUAGGAGGUGAUCCCCCGGAGUUAAAGCCGUUCGAGUCCGGUAGCAUAUUGUCUGUUGUUAAGCAGUCUAUGAGCAGUGGUACUGCCACGUUAGAAUGUGGUACUGCUAAUAAUAAUACCAAUAAUCAGGUUCAAGAUGUGGCCGGAAGCUCGAUUCAGGUGCACCGAAAUGUCGGUCCACUCGGGCCAUUUACCGGGUAUGCAGCUAUAUUAAAGAGCUCUAAGUUCUUGAAGCCGGCUCAACUGAUGUUGGAUGAGUUCUUUAGUGCUGCUAGUUUAUCGAGAGGGGGUGAAGAAGUGGAGAAUGAUCAGAGUUUAACGAUUUCGAGGAGUCGUAAUGUGGGUGAUUGUUCUACUGUCGUGGCCUCGAAAAUGGAUGGAUCGAAUGAAUUGAGUUGUAAGAGUUCCUCUUGUGAGUCUUACAGGCCGGAUUGCCAUGAAAGGAAAGCUAAACUUCUUCACAUGCAAGAAAAGGUUUGCAAACGACACAAGCAAUAUCAUCAACAAAUGCAGAUGGUGAUUUCAGCAUUUGAUUCGGUACCAGGGCUCAGCAAUGCGACACCCUACAUUUCACGUUCAAUUAAGACUAUCUCGAGGCAUUUCAGGUGUCUGAAGAAUGCAAUUGCAGACCAACUCAAGCACAUUAAGAGAGCUUUGGGCGAGGACCUAACUUCUCCUACCAGCUUUCUCAGGGGUGACAGUAGUAGCAGUUUAAGAUAUGAUCAGAAUUUUGCUAAGGUCAGAUCUGGUGCCAUUGGUGGAACGGGUCAAGUGGGUCACCAAAGCCAUGUAUGGAGACCACAGAGAGGCCUUCCGGAGCGUGCAGUUUCUAUUCUUAGAGCAUGGCUCUUUGACCAUUUUCUUCACCCGUAUCCAACGGACAAUGACAAACAAAUGCUAGCUACCCAAACUGGCUUGACUCGAAACCAGGUAUCCAAUUGGUUCAUUAAUGCUCGAGUACGGCUGUGGAAGCCUAUGGUGGAAGAAAUACACAUGCUUGAAACCAAAGGCUCGUCACGUUCUGAGCCCAAUUCAAACAACAGCGUAAUGUCAAUCAUUGAGAAAAAUAGACAGGCAACAGCAGCUAAUCAAUCAGGCUGCAAACCGUCGCCUUUAAAUCCAGUAUGUGAUAAGCAGCUGGAAUGCUUAGGACCAUCAAGCUCCCUUGAAAGAUCAACAGGUGAGCCAAUAAACACAGAACAGCUUUUUCAAAAUCAAAAGUGCUCGAGGCUUGAAAGUCACCAAGUUCCUACAAACAUUGAUAGUUCAUUCAUCGGGUUUUUGCCUUACCAAAGGCGGGGGCUUGAACUAGGAGGAAUAGGUGCAGUAUCACUUACUCUAGGUCUGCGGCAUGGUUCAGAAACUACUCAGCAGCAACUUCAGCAUCAGUUUAUACCACAAGGGAUGCCUUUCGGAGGUCACGUUAUUCAUGACUUUUCUGGCUAAGCCAUCUCGGAAGCUAACAACUUCGAGGGAGGGGGUGGUCUGGCCUGUGUAGGCUAUGUUUGUGCAUAAAAGUAGGAUCAGAAAGAUAAAUCAAGUUCCGAAAAUGGUAGUUGUCCACCCACCAAGUUUCAGUAAAGCAAUGGGUAGUACGACGACUCGAAGGUAGUUGCACACUUGAGGUAGUCACUUUCCAAGCUUAAAAAUUAGCUUGUGGAGAAAUCCUUAGGUUUUCAGGAUGAAAAUAGAUGCUCCUGCUUAGUCAAAUUCUGUUGUAAAAACUGCAAAGGUAUAAAAGUGGAAUGUUAAUUGCACACAAAAAUUUCUCUAGUUAUUAAGGUAAAAGUAAAGGAGGUUGUUACUCAAAUUUUGUUGUUGUCAGCAGAUGAGUAAUUGUAUCCUUGGAAAUGAAAUGUCUUUUCUGGAUUCAGCAAAUUUUGUUGUAGUCAGCAGAUUGAAAAUUGUAAUUCAGUCUAUUUUCUGGAACGUGAGAAGGUUGCUUGAUGGUUGGUUAGACUUUCAUUUCUCACUCUCUAUGGUGCUGUAAUGAAUUUCUUAGUUGCAACCUUUCUAUAUUUGGGCCUUGCAUAUUUUCAAUAGGAAAAAAAAAAAAAUAGAAUGUACUUGUAUAAA